AUGUUUCUCCUUGCACUUUUCCAAUUAUUCGCCUAUGCCUUAGCAUCUUCAGUAGAUGAAGUCUCAGCCACAGGCCACGGAAAUGCCUUCAAGUAUGGAACAGGAGGUGGUGCCGUUGGCUUUGUCAUAUUAGUGCUUGAUAUUAUCGUAUUUAUGGAAGUCUUGAAAUCUAGCCGUCCUCUUUCUCACAAGCUUUUGUGGUGUCUAGUUGUAUUUCUGUUUCCAAUAUUUGGACUAAUCAUCUACUGGCUCUUUUCCAACAGAGAUGCCUAUUCAAAUAGCGGGUAUGAAGCUAUUGUGUAA